AGUCUACGAUCCCCGCUAAAAACUGCACAACUGUCAUUUCCCAUCGUAAUUACUAAAAAAUUAAUAUAUUUAACCUUUAUUUGCAUAUAAUUGACAGUAACUAUAUAGUCCAUUAGUUUCUUUACAUGAUAAUCCAUUAAACAAAGGUUGCGGUUUGUCACAACCCUUCAUUUGGUAUGUCUGAUCCAGAGGAUCUGCAAGAAGGUAAACGGAAGAUGGCUGACUGGGUUUUCCAGUUGAGACGAAUUGGACCACCAGCUACAUGUGCUAAAGUCCCAGAUGCAAUGAGAUUGAAUUUGGGACUAACAAAAGUUGGUAGAGGCCAGCACAAUGAUUAUUACCUGGACUCCGCCGUCCUCAAAAAUUUCAUUUCACGAUCUCAUGUUGAAAUAUUCGGCAAACAGAAUGAAAAUGGCGAAAUUGAGUUCAUACUGACAGAUAAAGGCUUGAACGGAACUUUUAUAAAUGAUAUAAGGACACACAAAACUUGCACAUUAGAAAUUGGCGAUAAAAUAACGUUCGGCCACACUAAUGGAUACAAGAUACAGCCAGGCAGCUAUGCGGAGCAACCACAGUCAGAAUUUCAAUUUGUGUUCGAAAAAAUACCAAGGAAAUCAAAAACCUCGGAGAUGUUUUCAGAGUCACUGUCAUCACCAAACACAACUCCGGUAGAGGAGAGUUCAAAUCCACCAGAUCUCAAAAAGGACGCGACAAUAGUGUCCGAAAGACUAUUUAAAAACAGUGACAUUCAAUCGAAUGUAGAACAGUCUCCCGAAAAAAGUGCAAAAUCGAAAUCUCCUCAUAAAGGUCGCACCCGGAAAGAUUCGAGUUCCCAUUCUGACAAUGACCUUGACUUUGUUUCUAAAAAUAGCUCAUAUCAAAAAGGCCGACGUGGUUCAGGUAAGCAUAACUCUGAAAGUUCUGGUAAAUCUCCAAUAAGUGAUUCAGUGAGUGACUCUAAACGUAAAGUGUCAACGGGAGGAAGUAAGGAUGUAUUUUCAGAAACAUUGCCAGCUGAAAUUGAGGACGUAGUUAAUAGUGAUGACGAUGAUGAUGAAAUAGAAGAAGAAGUUGAGGAGGAGGAGGAAGAAGAAGAAGAAGAAGUGGUGGUUAAGAAGAAAAGAGGAGUUAGAAAAGGAAAAACAAGUGCACCACCAAAGAAACCAGUCGGUAGAAAGAAAGUAGUCGAGCCACCAUCAGAAUCGGAAGAUAGUUCAGAAGAAGAUGACUCGUGUAAGCCCGAGGCUGAUCAGAGGCCAAAGUCACAAGCCAAACAAAAACCACAACAAAAGAAGAAGAGGCAAGGAAAUGAUGCACCGGCAGUUGGAAGCCGGAAAAGGAGAAGAAAAGGUGGCGCGGCUUCUUCUUCAACAGCUUCUACAAGUGACAACCUCGAGCCUGGCGUGGAAUGGUACGAGGAUGACACGUGCGACUCUGCAGAUUGUAAACGUCCGAAAAAGAAGAGAACCCCUUGGGUGCAGUGUGACGAUUGUGACGGUUGGUACCACACGGUGUGUGUCGGCGCAAAUUACAACAAACUGAAGGAUAGCGACGAACAUUUCAACUGCGGCUGCGACUGAUGAUAUUAUAUCUGCAACUGUAUUAUUUGCUUACGUGGGAACGAUUUGACUAUUGCGGCAAAUGAAUCGUUAAAACACAUGCGGACACCAAUGACACAUUUCCAACUGGAUGACUGUCAAUGUAUAAACCAUGAGGAUAUUUUGCAGUGGUUGGGGCAAUUGUAAAAUUAGGGUUAUGAUUGAGUAAAGCUUGAAAAUUUUUUAAAAUUUAUUUCUUUUUCCAGAAGAAAGGCUUUUACAAAAAUUCAUCCCUGAAUAAUGUUAAUAAUGUAGAGAUCUUGUCAGAUUUUUAGCUAGUUUUACGCCCAUAAUGAAAUGCUCUGUGUAUAAUAGUGGUCAUCUAUUUAAAGAUUUUGACCACUAACUUCCAUCGAAGUGAGGAUUUCAUAGGGUUUUAUUACAUGGAAUAUGCCUUGAACUUGUCUCAGUCUACUGAUAGGAGAAGGAGUAAAGAUUGGACUACAGGCGUUGACACAAAGCUGUAUUGAGCAUUUAUAUUUGCUAUCAUUUUCCAUUGUUUCAUGAAAGUAUUUUCGAUUUCAUAUUGAUUUAAUUAGAGAGUUAACAUUGUUUUGAAAGAUAUUUUUGAUGUUCACAAACAUUGACCGUGGUAUGUGCAUGAAAAUAUAAUAUUAACUGCAUGGGAAGGAAGUGUAUAAGGGAAGUAAAUCUGUAAAAUAUUGCAAUAAGAAUGAAUUGUGUCCCUUAGAUCUAAAAAGAUUCAUGUUAAACAGUAUCUAUCAGCUGCAAGUUAAAGCACUGCCAUGUCUUCCUUCUCAGCCAGCAAAGAAAGUUAAUUGCAUUUCAAGUUUUCAGACAAUAUGAUUUAAUUAUCUUUCUUAAUUGCUUAGUAAGCACCUAUCUCACCUAUUAAAAAAACCAAUUUAGUUUAUUCAUUUAAAGGUCUUGAUAAUCGAGCUUACCACUCUUCCUGUCAUUUAAUUGGUCCUCCAAUAAAAUGUUCCUAGAAUACCACUUUUGACCGACCCGCCAAAAGUUCUGCCUUUUAGGGAUCUCCCCAGAUGCAUGCCGAUGCGCUUAGAUUUUUACAUCAGAUAGUGUUGGCAUGCCUUGAUAGUUUUAUAUUAUUGACAAAAAUACUUAGCCUCAACAUAUUAUGGGUUAUUGUAAGCCGGGAUAUGACCAAAAAUUAGUGAAACUUGGCAUUAAAAACAAGCGAACAUGUUAACAAAAUCACACAGAAAAAUGGGGAGCAUCUCUUAGUUUCUUCAUUGCUUCUUGAACUUGGAGUUCUUUGAUUUUCUUUUCCAUUUUAUCUGAAGCAUUUUUUGUCUUGUCCAUAUGAUAUUGAUUCAUCUAUCCUGUCUUGGCGCCAUAUGACCUAAAUUGUGUUUGUGUGCUGUAAAACCAAAAAAAUAAACAACCAAAGAUAUUGAUAAAGUAAAUUCUGGAAAAAAAACAUAAAAAAGACUGUACCAGUGGACAACCCCAGUACAGACAUCUGUGAGAAUGAGCAUCUAUCUUAGUUACUAUGUAAAAUUUGCGGUCUACUGAGAAUAACACCAUUGAAUAUGACCUGGGAUUCUUUUAUACAGUGAAAGUCUUACUAGAUAUUUAAUGUUUGAAACUUAUAUAUUGAAUAGAGGGUAACUUUAGUACAGAAUGAGCUUUUUCAACUUUCAAGAAAUACCAGUAGAAAUGUAACAUAAAUCUUGUAAUGUAUUUGAACAAUAAUGUGAGGGGAAAGUUUAAAUGGUUGCACAUUUAUAUGUAAUUUGUAUGUUACUCACUAUAAUAUACUUGUGUUGCUGGAGAUAUUGCAUUUUGAAAUAUUUUUAAAUAUUGUGUUGUCCAUAAGAAUUACGCCAAUAUUUUAUGUAAAUUUAGCUAAACCGUUGUAAAGGUGUUCAAAGUUCUUGUUUAUACUUCAAAAGUUUGGUUAUUAUUGAAAAUGUUGAUGAUUUUUUUUUUCUCUCCACAAUUUUGGUGAUUUUUCAAUAUUUUGAUAAUCGUACAGAUCAUGAAGUUGUGCAAUAUAUGGCAAUAUUUGGAUAUUGCAAUAUUUUAUCUGGCAAUAAUAUAUUGCAAUAUAUUUUCAGAUACUGCAAUAUAUUGAAGCUAUAAACGUUGAAUAUAAACAUGAAAGAAUUGUAGUCAACUUGUAUUAGUUUGACUUCAAAUGUUGUUUAAACUCCUUGAUUUACAAUGGCUUUUUUAACACAUUGUGAAAUCUUUUAUUAAAGGGCCUCUUGCAUACGAUUUAUUGUGACAUAUGAUAAUUUUAAAUGAAUAGAUAAGUCAAGGUUCUGUAGGUCUUACCCUUGAUUUUCAAGCAUUUUAUAUAGUUCACAAUAUAUUGCAAUAUAUCUGUAAAUAUCGCAAUAUAUUACAAAAUGAUUUUUUUUCUUUGCAACACCCGCCACUAAUACAAAUACUUUGUUAACAGACUUAAUGUGCACAAUUUUGGUGCUCACUGUAACCAAAAUUGCGUUGCUUAUUAAAAAGUUUGGUUAUUCAAAAUUUUGAAAAAUUACCAAAAUUUUAGUUUUUAUUGACAUUUUGAGAUGCUAUUAAUGUUAAAUGUAUUGUAAUUAAUGGGCAUGGCUCAUAUGCAGAUGUAUUCUUAUUUAUUAUUGCGAAUUAUUUGUUUUCAUGUUUCAUUGACACUGCCAUUUUUCCGUUAAUGAAAAUUACUACAAAGGAGGGGUUUUGAUGGAUUUAGUUAAAUAAGUUAAGUUGCAUAUUUACAGUUCUGUUGGUCACUAUAUUAUAAAUAACUUCCUUUUAUGUACAUUAAAAUGUUUGCUGCCAAUUAUUUCAAUUGCAUCUGCGCCUCCGAGUGUGCGGGGUGGGGGAGCUUUUUUUGCCAGAUCAUUUCUCUGACUGUAUGUAUGUCUAAGUGUUGUCAACAUAAGCUUUUGAGCUUUUGAGUCCUCAUUUUAAAAGCUAAAGCCUACAUAAUGUGACACAGUUCAAGCUUGAUGGGAGCCUCAUUUUGAUUUUUUUGUAAUUUGACCUUGACCUAUGAAUGACCUUUACCUUUAAGGUCAAAAUGAGGAAAUUUAUCCAUAACUUUAUAUUACCUUAAGAAUAUUGUAUUUGUUUGUAAGUGAACUUGGAAUAUAUACUUAUUGGGCAGAAAUUCAGGGAAAUAACAUAUACAAGUGUUCCUUUGAGUUUUUUUUUAAGUGAAUUGUUAUUUAAAUACUUACCAUAGAUAGAAUAAUAGUCACAGUGUUUAUAUUGUUGUUAAGACAUUGAAUAUUUAUUGUAUACAUAAUUAGUCAGUUUCCAGUAUUGUUUGAAGUUAGAAGGCAGCCUGUUAUUUUAAGUGUAGUGAUGUUCGAUUGAUAGUUCUUAAGGUGAGGCAUCCAACAAUAGCCUGUGACAAUGCAGCAAAUAGACGUACUCCUAGGGAAUUAAGAAUAUUUAAGGUUUUCCCUGAGAUAAUCCGGAGGUACAAACAAAGUUUUACUACAGCUUUUGAAAAUAAGCGCAACAGGUUGACUAAUCUAUUUUGAUGGGUAGUGCACUGUGAAGCUAUAACAGUAAAAAGUUUGUUUUAUACCGGGGCAUAAGCUUGGAAAAACCAACAUAUGCCGAGUUCAGAAUAACAUCUAUUGUUUAACUUUCCCAUAACCUUAAAAGGAAUAUAACAAGUACGCAGAUUAUCUGGAACUCUGGGGCCUGCUGUUGUCGGAUAGAACGCCUUAAGGAUCUUUGCUAUUUAACGAAAGAAACCAGAAUGAAAAACUAUUCAAUAUAGUGCUAUUUAUUUGUAAGAGAGAUAAUAUUUAGAGUGCAUGGGUAAUUUUGGGUUAGCUUUUACAAUGACUACAAAGUUGUUUAUCAGAAGUCAAAAUAUUUUUUUUGCCAAGUGAUUUGCUUUGAGUUUGAAUCCCUUGAGGGAUUUUGGGUUCUUUCAUAUGAGAAAGGUAUCCGGUUAGCUUGUCGUGCUUACUCAUGCCUAAAGUAUUGCAUAGAAUAGCAUCUUAGGUCUUGCUCCAAGCUGGAAAUCCCGAUAUGACCUUUACAGUGUUUAUGUAAGCGUAACCUUAACAAUAGAUAUUUUUAGAUAGAUAUUAAGGUAUGAAAUUAUUAUGAAAGCAAAAAAAUUACAUGUUGUAAAUGCUUGAUGGUUUUGUAUAUAAGUUGGUCAUGACCAAAUCACUAUUUUUCAGGGAUUGUUAGAUGUAAAUUAGACAUAUUUAUUAUAUAAUAACAUAUAAAUUUAUAAAUAGUAGCUAUAUAGGACCAAAGAACAAUGUGG